AUGACUAAAAUUCUUCGCGAGAAAGAAUUUUCACUUACGUCUAUUCGGAUUUUCUACUCACGCAGGUUCAAACGGAUCAUUCCUCUCUAUAUACUGGUUGUGGUCGCUACGUACAUAUACUCAUGUACCCUUCUAGACGGUUACUUCUAUCUCCUAUAUCCUGAUCGCAAGCAGUUACUCGACGAUCUCCAAUGGGUAUGCACGUUCUCAUCAAAUUUGCAACCGUUGUUUCAAAAACUGGGCUACUGGGACCAG